UCUCGGUUCCCUUCCCUCCCCUGAGCCACCAGCCACUCACAGUGCCUGGGGCUAUUGCCACACAUGUAGAUAAAUAUGAUUCCUCGAUACCUGCCCCCAACCUCCCUGCUCUCCCGUUAGUGUCAGCAGUGGGAUCAGACCGGAGUCCCAGCUGCUAACUCAGGCCCAGGGCCCAGGCCGGCUGAGCGCUCUGUGCUGGACGGAGAUGGCCUGGGUGCUGGUCGCUGCCUUUUGCCUUCUGAGCGGUGCCUACGCCCAGCAGUGGGGAGUGACACUGGCACCAGGGCCCGUUGAAAGAUGGGCCGGCUCCUGCGUGACCAUCCCCUGCUCCUUCACCUACCCCGCAGGGUGGACGGUCAGGGCCGUGAUCUGGACACGGGACGGGGAUCCAAUCAUGUAUCGCUGGGACGAGGCUCGUGUCCAAGCUGACUUCAAGGCGCGCGUCCGCUACCUGGGGGACCUGCAGCACAACUGCUCCCUGCGGGUGGCGGGGCUGCGCCCCAGCGAUCGGGGCACCUACCGCUUCCGGUUCGAAGUAGUGACCAAUGGCAGCAGCCGUAACGCAUGGACGGGUCAGCCAGGACAGCAGCUCAAUGUCUCCGCCCAUCCGUGCCAGCCCUCCCUGGGGCACCGAACGAAACCGGGACGCUCCCUCACUUGCUCCGUGUGGGCCACCUGCCCCCAUCGCCCCUCCUGGUACGACCGAGAUGGUGCACGGUGGAGCCCAGGUCAAACCCCGGGCAGGGCUAGGCCGACGGAGCUGCGAAUAUCCCCAUCCGAGCUGGACCCCGGCGCGGCGCUGAGAUGCCAGGUGGAUGGAUACAGGGAUGAGUGUGACUCUGAUCAAUCCCAGCCCCUGGGGACAGUCGCCCCCAACGUGCCCAGGGUCGAGGUUCCGUGGCCGGCAGGGAAGGCAGCGCUGAGGGAAGGCGACAAUUUUACCCUGCGCUGCCGGGCUGCUGCCCUGUGGCCCUUCGCCAGGUACGUCUGGUCCCGCGGGGACGUGUGGCUGCCAGAAGCCGGGCAGGAUUUACGUGUUGACAAGGCAGCCGUCUCUGACGGAGGGAGCUACGCGUGCGGGGUCUGGGUCUCCGGCCCCGGCUGGGGGUAUCUGAGCCUCUCUGCGAGGGAAUCGGUCCAAGUUCAGCGUGCCUACGCCCAGGAGUGGAAAGUGACACUCGCUCCAGGGCCCCUUGAUGGAUGGGUCGGCUCCUGCAUGACCAUCCCCUGCUCCUUCACCUACCCCGCAGGGUGGAACAUCAAGGCCGUGAGCUGGACACGGGACUGGGAUCAAAUCAUGUAUCACUCGGACGAGGCUCGUUUCCACGCUGACUUUGAGGAGCACGACCGCUAUCUGGGGGACCUGCAGUACAACUGCUCCCUGCGGGUGGCGGGGCUGCGCCCCAGCGAUCAGGGCACCUACCGCUUUUGGUUCUACACAGCAGCCCAUCGGUGCCAGCCCUCCCUUGGGCGCCAAACGGAACCAGGACCCUCCCUCAACUGCUCCGUGGGGACCGCCUGCCCCCAUCGCCCCUCCUGGUACGACCGAGAUGGCACGUGGCGGAGCCCAGGGCAAACCCCGGGCGGAGCUGAGUCGAACGAGCUGCGAAUAUCCCCGUCCCAGCUGGACCCCAGCGCGGCGCUGAGAUGCCAGGUGGAUGGAUACAGGGAUGAGUGUGACUCUGCCCAAUCCCAGCCCCUGGGGACAGUCACCCCCAACGUGCCCAGGGUCGAGGUUUUGUGGCCGACAGGGAAGGCAGCGCUGAGGGAAGGUGACGGUUUUACCCUGCGCUGCCAGGCUGCUGCCCUGCGGCCCAUCGCUGGGUACGUCUGGUCCCGCGGGGACGUGUGGCUUCCAGAAGCCGGGCAGGAUUUACGUGUUCGCAAGGCAGCCGUCUCUGAUGGAGGGAGCUACGCGUGCGGGGUCUGGGUCUCCGGCCCCGGCUGGGGGUAUCUGAGCUUCUCUGCGAGGGAAUCGGUCGAAGUUCAGCACGCCCCCACAGGUGUCCGUGUUACGGCAGCGCCAGGCACCAGCCUGCAGGAAGGGGAAUCGGUGACACUAAUGUGCAGUUACAACAGCAGCCUCCCCGCCCCCACCUCCUACACCUGGUACCGGGGUGACCGGCAGCUGGGGGGAUCCCAGCAGGAAAUGGUGUUGAAGAGCAUCACGGUGGAGCAGGCUGGGGAGUAUCACUGCCAGGCCGCCAAUGGGAUCGGCCAGUCCUGGUCCCCCCCCAUCAACAUCACUGUGGGGUUCACCCCCUCUGUUCGGGCUCCCGCGUACAUCAUAGGACCUACAGUUGCGCUUGUCCUAUUGCUGCUGGUGGGGCUGGUCGGCGUCACAGCUUGGAGUAAGAUGCGGCGCAAACGCCAGGGAAUGAGCAGCAAUGCGCACCAGCCAGGCCCGGGGGAGACCCCGAUGUCUGAACGCAUCUACGAGAACGCCCAGCACUCUGGCAUGGGGCAGCCAGCCCGCCUGGCCCCACCCGGGCCCCCCAGCGCGACCACCGAGCUGCGCCGGGGCUCUCCGGAUGGCACCGAGCAAUCCCACAUCUACAGCCAGCCGAUGAACCGGGGCAAAGUACCGCAGGGUGACCCGGACGAGGUCCAGUACUCGGCCAUCCAGCUGCAGCCUCCCACCCAGAGAGCAGAGCCUGCCGCCGACCUCACCUGCGAAUACGCUGCUAUUAAGCGCUAGCAUCCAGCUGCGGCUCCCCUGGCGCCUCCCCCCAUGGCUGCCAGCCAACAGCACACGCUUGCUGCUAGCGCCGGCUUCUCGGCCAGGGAUCCCGCGAGGCAGCGGAGGGGCAAGGAGGAGACACGAGACAAACAGAUAUCCACGGCCAGAAGGGGCCAGUUUGAUUGAUGUUUUGCUUAAGAGGCAGCUCCAGUUCAGCCCGUGAUGGAUUCAGGGCAGCCCCACGGCCUGGGCGACACACGAGGCCGGGCUGGGUGAUCUCCCCGCUCCCCGGCUGAGCUGAGAAUCUGGGAAUUAGGCUCCAAAUUCAGAGGUUUGCUGGAUCUGGAUUCUUAGAGGUGGCCCCGUAAAUGGGGCAUUCAAGGGGGCGGCGCAGGGAUCGGAGGGUGGAGGGAGGCACUAAGGCCCAGCUCCUGGAAGGGAUUUUGGUGCCUAACUCCCCUGGGGUUCAGCCCCACAGAAGGGCUGUUUCUGUCACUUCCCAUUGACUCAAUGGACAUUCCAGGCUUCAGCGCGACGCAGACACAGCGCGGCUCGGCUGGACUCACUCUAUAAAGCUUUAGAACUGAAACACAAAGUGUCGACUGUCCUGUUGUAGCCACGUGGCCCCGGGCUGUGAGAGAGACAAGGUGGGUGACGGAAUCUAUUUGAUCAAACCAGCUAGUGCUGGUGGAAGGGCCCCGCUUUGGAGCGUCUCCGUCGGUCUGGAGAAGGGAACCAGGAGACUCCAGGCCCAGGUGGGACAGACUCUCACGGCUUGUUUCUCGCAUCGCUCAGGAAGUCGAUGUGGCUGUUCUGUUCGGCUCCUUCCUUUGCCGCGUUGGGACGUGUCCAUUUUCAAUGGGAAAGUUCUGAGGCCAGGGU